AAAUUGGCAUGCGAAUCGAAAUGAGGGGGUUUAGUUUUUGUUGUGGCGAAAACGACGCGCACACAUUCAUCCCGUCGGCCGCAAAGACUUCGGUCUAUGUUCAAUCGGAAAAAGUGAUUGUCCACGACGAUCAACAAUUGUGUACGCUGCAAUUAUUGUUGUUGAGUGAGUUCGGUGAAUCAGAUCUUGAAUUAUGUCGGUUUUCUCACGGUUCGUCGCUUUCACCAAUCGCCAUCCGAUUGUUAGGGGAAUGAUUUCGUAUGGCACCAUAUGGCCGACAUCGGCGAUCAUUCAACAAACCAUCGCCGGCAAGACAUGGGAAAAUUACGAUUGGAUGCAGGCACUCCGAUUUUCUUUGUACGGUGGACUUUUCACCGCGCCCACGCUCUACGGAUGGAUCAGGAUAUCGACGUUGAUUUGGCCAAAUCAAAAUUUAAAAACUGCCAUAACAAAAGCUGUGAUAGAACAAAUGACUUAUGGUCCUGCGGCGUUAGCCUGUUUCUUCUUUGGAAUGAGUCUUUUGGAGGGAAAAACUGUAGAUGAGUCAUACGAAGAGUUGUCUAAAAAAUUUCUGCCUUCUUACAAGGUUGCGAUAUGUUUUUGGCCGUUCCUGCAAACGAUAAACUUCUGCUAUGUUCCGGAGAAGAAUAGGGUGCCCUACGUGAGCAUGUGUAGUUUGGUAUGGUGCUGCUUCUUGGCCUAUAUGCACGAAUUGAGAAUCCGAAAUAAGGAAAUCGAAAUAACGAAGCAGCGAGCGUUGCUCAGCAAUUGACCAUAGUGAAAUUAUUAGCUAAUUAUUAAAAAUAUAAAGCUGUUGUGAUGUAUGUACCAUUUGAUAGUCUAUGGUAUUUAUAUAAUGUUGAUCUGUGUUAUUUUAAUUUAUUUAAUUAGUUGUAUAUUUUUUAGAUGUAUUGAGAAUUUCUUGUGAUAUAAUGUACCUCAGAAUUGGUAUCUAUUUUUGAAAAUACACAAACAAUCAUUAAA